AUGCCCACUCGCUUCGCCCACACCGGGCUGUGGAAGCUCUUUGGAGGAAGUCAACAGACCAGCUGGCCUGAACCAGCUGAAUCUACUGGCCACUUUCUCAAACAGGUCGAAGACGUCAAAUAUUGGACAGCCAAAGGACCCGCCGUAAGGGCGUUCGAAAUUUUGUCGCCGGACAUCGUGGACCAUCUCAGCCAAUUUCUUGACACCAUUAGUAGUCGCUCUGUGGUUGAGUUCUACGUCUUUAUGAGAGGCGACAAUCCGACAACAACGUACCCUGUCGUUAUGUUCACGUGUGAGGACUCCGAACCUCGCAGACAGGUGCAGAAAAUUAUUGAUGAAAGUGGAUUACUCGACGACUUUCCAGGCAUGAAAUCCGAUAACGCUGCCUAUCCACCGGACUCCGAUUGUCAAUUUGAACAAUGGGCUUCGGAAACUGUUCGGCAGGACAACGAGGAUGCUUCUUGCAGAUCAAACUCAGGCUCAGUAUCUAUUACGGGCAACACAGUAUCCGUGAACUCGGUGGCUAAGGCUGGGACUUUUGUCCGAAAGGCUACCAUUGGAGGGUUUGUGCAGCACGAGCUGGACGUUUAUGCCUACACUGCUGGCCAUGUCUUCCAUCAGAUGAUGCCACCAUCUGAUAUUAGGCGUUCAGAAGUGUUGCAGGAUCCUGUACAUCUUUCAGCUGUUGCAUCACAGGGUAUUGAAUUGUCACUGUCAUCUGUUGACCUCGACUAUGCAUUCCUCAGACUUCCUGAUCCAGCAUCCGCCUUUCAGCUAAACAUACGCAGCGAUGUGCAUGCGAGACAGCCCACACACGUUAUUCGGGCGCCGCUGAAGGAUGUCGCAAUUAUUGUGGAAACUACGUCUGCAGGCACCAUCAAGGGAACUUUGUCUAGUACACGUGCUUAUACUCGUCUGCCACAUAGCAAGUCCUUCCAAAAAGUUUUCAAGGGCAGAUUUUCGCAACCACUGGCAAAGGGUGAUUCUGGCUCCUGGGUCAUUGACGAGUCAAAUCAUGGGCUUUACGGCCAUGUUAUUGGGGGCGGCGGUAGGACUGCAUACAUUAUGCCUGCGCAUAGUGUCUUCGAGGAUGCGAAGCAAAAGCUUGGAGGUUGCAUCAACUUCCCUCAUAAUUCACAUAUUGGUCAAUCCGAUCCACGUGUGAGGACAGAAGUGCAAGAAGACUUGUUCUAUGAACCAGAUCCGAGGGGGCUACCUUUGAUGGAAGUUGCUGAGCAGGUUACCGAGCCAUCAUUACAAGAAAUCGAACAAAAAAUGUUUGGUAGGGGCCGAGACAUAACUUUUAUCUUAGACAACCUAGACAGCAAAGCGAAUAUUCUCUGGCUGGAGGUAUAUCAGAGCUUGCUUGAUAAGAUUGAGGACUGUGACGGAGUCGACCAUCCUGGUCAUGACAAGAACAAUAAGGAUGAGAGUGAAAGCGACGGAUCGAGCAUGAUUUGUGCCUUCAUGCGCGACGAUGAAACUCCUGACUAUCUUGUUCCGCAUAGAAAUAUAGUCGAGAAGUUCUGCUAUGGUGCAAGCUUGCAUAUGCUUCAAAGCGAGCAAGCACCGUUUCUCUUCAAGUAUGGCGCUUGGUUGGGCGAGAGUGGUGGCGGCAGCUUCCAGUCAGGCCCAACAUGGUUGACAGCACGUGGACUGUACGAGGCGUUGAAUCCAUCGAGAAUCCGGACACAAGGACGUACUGCACUUGAGAAGAACGCGGACGACAGUUCUAUUCCGAAAGCCGAUAAGGACAUCGAAAGACGCUUAAUAUUCCUCAAUGAUCUAGAACCCUGGGACAUCUAUGCUCUUGUUGCCACAGCUACCACGCAACAGGUUUCUGCACUCCAGGAUGCCUUUCACGGAUACUUAUCCUCUAAGAGCUGUAUUGAAGUCAUGUUACCAACAGUCUGCUUCCGAUUUUCGUUGCAUCUGCCGUAUUACGCGUGGAGGACAUCGCCACAUCCUCGCAGGGAUGCACGUCUCGACGGCUCGGGACGGGCGUUGCGGCAAUCCAUGGAUGUAUCACUACUUGCAGAACCGCUGGUCCGUGACUGUACCGCGGACAAUUCGUACCUCUAUGAGGCACAAAUUUCCUGCGUAGUCGCAGGUUGCGAUGAAAGGAGAUGGACCGCGUAUUGCUUCGUCGACAGCUAUUUCGAUAGCGAGGAUCGGCGGCCAUCCAAACCUGGCCCAGAGAUGUUGAGCGAAGUCCAAUCUUGGGGAUCUCCUUCGAGACCACCCAACCGGCAUGAAGCCCGCUACUUCUUUCUCAAGGUCUUAGCAACGAGGACCGAACAAAUUUGCAAGGAGUGGGGCCUUGUGAUGAGCAAGCUGGAGCAGAGUUCCCGUUCGUGGUUUACACGUUCUUGGGUUCGUAUGGAAAUUGAAGAGAAUGAAGAUGCAAUUCAGGGCCUAGUGUGUUCCAUGCGGCAGUCCUUGGAACGGCUCGAAGCUGCUUCCUCCAUUCUGUUGGACUUGAGGAAUGCGAUGGAACGAACACUCCAAGUCUACGCAGAAUUUCUCGAUCAACUCACCAUCAACUUCUCCACAGACGUGUCAGGGUCAUUGGCAGAGCACAUGGCUUCGCCGAAUAGCAUUCGGACAAGCUUCACCCGGUUACAAAGGCUGGAAGUGCGCCUUAAAAGCUUGGAGGGCCGUUGCAAGGCAUGGGAAUGGCAGAUUCGAUGCAAACUCACCCGACGUGACAUGGAUGCGGGAGAGCUCCAACGGAGAUUGGCCGAGAAAUCUCAUCGGUUGAGCGAGCUCGGCAAGAGAAUCUCAUUGACUACGAUGAUGUAUCUGCCUAUCUGUUUCACCGCUGCGAUUUUCUCGAUGGAGGAAUCAGUCCGUCCCUUUACUCCGAGUGGCACCUCAAUGUUGGCCACGUUUAUCGGUGCCUGCAUCCUACUGCGCGUGGUAUAUCAGGUUGAGGUUUACCUAAGUCACGAGAAACUCCCGACACAGUUUCAAAGUCUGAAGACCUGGUGGCGAGGAGCUUGGUCCUGGCCGGCGUUCGCGAUGCGUCGGCGGCAACUCAUACCACUGUACUCACGCAGAAAUCAAGGCCAUGACCCUGAAAAGGAUCAGUAUUGGCUUCUGGAAGGAAGUGCCUCCGGGUAA